CUUUCCCGCUCUCAGAACACUGUGUUUUGCGGUCGUAUUCUUGUAUUUUUGGCCCGAUUUUUCCCACUCUUCGAGCGCUCGGGUCUGAACUUGAAUUCAGACUUUAAUCACGAAAACGCCACCACUUUUUCCCUCCAAGAGGACGGAGUGCUCACCGAUUCGAUGGCCACUGAGUCUACUGAUGGCGACCACGAGAUGAAAGACGCGGACAAAAUACAAGUCGAUUACAAUUUCUACCGCAAGUUCUGGCAAUUGCAGGACUUUUUCCGGAGUCCCACCAUUUGCUACACAAAGACUCAAUGGAAACAACUCCAGUCCUACGCCAACGAUGUCCUGCAGGCGUUGAGUAGUUUUAAAUUAGACCCAAACUCUUGCGCUAACUUUCAUGGUUUGGGUGAUAAGAGCUCCGGGACUGACGAUAACAUGUAUUUCGCGAAAUACCUGACGAAUCAAAAGCUAUUGGAAUUGCAAUUAAGUGACUCUAACUUUAGGCGAUAUAUUUUGGUUCAGUUUCUCAUUCUUUUCCAAUACCUGACGUCAACGGUUCGCUUCAAACAAGAGGGACAGACACUGUCCGAAGAGCAGACCCUUUGGGUGACCGAAACGUCCGCUAAAGUGAAUACACUGAUCGAAGAGACGCCUCCCAACGGCCCAGAAGUGCGCAAAAGUAUCGAAAAGAUAUUAAAACGCGAAGAGUAUUGGAGUAAUUGGAAGAACGAGGGAUGCCUUGAACUCAAAGAGAUCACCGAAAAUGAGACCGAAUUCAAGAAGAAUGAGGCGAACAUUAAGGCCACGUAUACUCGGAAACGCAAAUUAGGCGAUGAGUUCAAAGCGGCCGAAGCCAGUCAUCGCAUUCUGAUUGGUAAUCCAGAGCUGAACACCAUUUGGAACUUAUGUCCCGACAAUUGGGAGUCGUGUCGGUCUAAGAAACGCCUAUUCAUACCAACUGUCGAGAAGUUCUUCGAGGACGCCGUCAAAGCGAGUCCUUCCCAACGAACUGCCAUCUGUUUGGACAGUGACUUCAGUUGGAGAGCAUUGCGUCUAUUGAGCCAAAAGAGUCACCACUUCUUCUCGCCGAGCAAUCAAGUGGUCAGAACUGUUAACAAUCAUUUAGAAGCGGUGGUCGAGAAGCUGUCGAAAGAGUUUCCCACAGGUAUUCAAAACAAUGUCAACGACUUUGACAUCGAUGACGCCGAAGACAUUAGUGACGACGAACUGCUUAAGAAUGUCGAUACUGUUGAUACUGCCGAUGCUGUAGACACUGUCGACGGCAACACCAAUCCUAACACUCCUAACGAUAACUCAACUGAUAAUACAGAAAAUAAUGAAGCGAUGGAAACAUGA